AACCUUGAAAUUGUUCUUUGACAGCCAGAUUAGGGGUCGCUCUAGGAGCAACUCCUCCAUCUCCAAAACAAUGAGCUCAACUUCAGGUCCUGGCUGUCAUUUGUCACCAGCUCUCAAGCAUGGCUCUUGGAGCUCUCAUCGUCUUGCCCGUCGACAGACAUAUAACUGAAUUAGACCUGCUGCUCGGCCUGGAAUCACCACCAACAUCAGCAGAUACCGCGAGACUCGCCGUCUCAGCGACUCCUCGCCACCCCGCACUUCACUAUCAACAACACCACCAUAUUGCUCCUCUUUGACCUCUUACCAUGAAUUACCCGCCGCCGCCUCCCACAGGCUUCAACCCGCUCGUCCAAACGUCGUCCAUUCUCUACUCGGACGGCGUGGCCCCAAUCCCAUUCGGCACCUCCCUGGUCAGCAGUACCUAGAUGCAAGCGACCUCCCUGCCCAUCCUCUAUGGCACCCAGAUUGGCGCCAGCUUCAUGAUGCUGCUCGCCAUGACGCCCCAAGCGCGCUUCCACUGGCUGCCCACGCUCAUCAGCGUCGCCCCCCUGGCGCUCAACACGGCCAGCACGUCCUGCUCGCCACCUUCUUCACCACCACCUGGGUCGACUUCUACGUCAUUGUGUCGUAGGACCCGACCGUGUCCGGCGGUCCGACUACAACCUCAGGGCGGCCGCCACCAUCCUGGCCGUCCCCAUGACCGUGCCCAUCCUGCGGCCCUGUUUGUCCAGGCCUGGUCGAUGAUGAGGCUCUGCCUAUGCUGUACAAGCUGCCGAGGCACGCUCGUGUCGUUGGCCCCUGUCAUCGCCACCGUCAUGCAGAGCAUGAUAUCCGUCAUUCUCCAAACCAGGGGCAUCCUGCGGGGGGGGGGGGGGGGGGGGGGGGGGGGGGGGAUCUGAGCCGCAUGUCCAUCGGGGUGAAGAAGACGUAUCUGGGGUGCUUCACAGCGUCGAUUCGCUGGUUCUGCUUCCUGUUCAAUGUCCGGCUCGUCGUGCACAUGUGGACCAACAGGAGCAUUCUGCCGAUUAUCUUCUCCGUCCUGAAUUUCUACGACUGGGAGCCGCUUGGAGCCGGCCUCGCUCACACAACAUCCGUCGUCAUCGUCCUGCCCCUCGGUACACUCGUCGCCCAGCGCCUCGCCAACCCC